GAUCGGCGCGAAAGUCGCGAAAAAAAAACAAAAUAAAUUUAAAUGUUGCGUUUCUUGAUGUUUCAUGGUAAUCCUUUGCAUCUUUCGUUGUUUUUUACUUUCAAUUUACAAAAAAACGUAAUAUUAUAAGGCUAUUAUACGUACGGUUCAUGUUACGAUCGUUUCUAAUUGUAUGUGCAAGAAAAUUCUGUUCACAAAGCAGAACCGGCAAUGUUGAAAUAAUGAAGUACCUAAACGUAGCGGAAAAGAACGAUGCUGCCAAAAAUAUCGCCGGCUUGCUUUCGCGGGGAUCCUCCCAGCGGCGAGAAGGAUACUCUCCAUAUAACAAGAUCUACGAGUUCAAAUACAAUAUCCGCGGUCAGCCAGUCGACAUGAUCAUGACCUCCGUGUCGGGUCACUUACUGAAUUAUGAAUUCCUUUCGUCGUUUCGAAGUUGGCAGAGCUGCAAUCCGGAGCAGCUGUUCGAUGCCCCGGUUCGUAAAUCUUGUAAUGAAGACAUGACAAAGAUCAAACGAACUUUAGAAAGGGAAGUUGCACGCUGCCAAACGCUGGUCAUCUGGACGGAUUGCGAUCGCGAAGGAGAAAACAUUGGGUUCGAGAUCAUUGAGGUUUGUCGACAGAUGAGGCCACAGAUUAGAGUGUUAAGAGCAAAGUUUUCCGAAAUUACGGCAGCAUCGGUGACUCGGGCGAUUGAAAAUCUAGCUCAACCGGAUGAGCGGCAAAGUCAAGCCGUGGAUGUGCGGAGCGAAUUGGAUCUGCGUAUAGGAGCGGCGUUCACACGGUUUCAGACGUUGCGGAUGCAGAAUGUAUUUCCAGCGAAAAUCAGUAACAAUUUGGUAUCAUACGGGAGUUGCCAAAUCCCGACGUUGGGUUUUGUCGCACAACGAUAUAAAGAAAUUGAAAGAUUCAUUCCCCAGGAGUUCUGGAAGAUAAAAUUGAACCACACCAUCGAUGAUCUGACCGUGGAAUUUAACUGGGCGAGAAAUCGCCUAUUUGACAAGCAGUGUUGUGAGGCGUAUUUGAUGCUAUGCCAAUCCGAACCUCUGGUCAAAAUUGUGAGCGUCACGAACAAACCGAAAAAUAAGUGGAGACCUACUCCGUUGGAUACGGUUGAGUUGGAAAAACUUGGAUCGCGAAAGUUAAGAAUUAACGCCAAGCAAACGAUGACCAUAGCGGAAAAACUUUACACGCAAGGUAUAAUAAGUUAUCCUCGUACAGAAACAAAUAUGUUUACCAACGAUAUGAAACUGGCGCCGCUGGUAGAAAUGCAGCAAGAGAAUCCUGAGUGGGGCGGAUUCGCGCAGAAAGUUUUACAGUGGGGACCAAACCCUCGUAAUGGCAAGAAAUCCGAUCAGGCGCAUCCUCCAAUCCAUCCCACUAAAUAUGUCACCCAUCUUACGGGUGACGAGAAGAGAGUCUACGAACUAGUGGUACGACACUUUCUGGCUUGUGUCAGUAAGGACGCGGUCGGAUCAGAGACCGUUGUGAAUGCGAUAUUGGCCGAAGAGGAGUUCACAGCGUCCGGGUUGUGCAUUCUCGAGCGAAAUUACCUGGAAGUAUACCCGUAUGACCGUUGGAAUUCUAAAGAAAUUCAUGCCUACCAGGUAGGAAAUACUUUCGAACCAACUGAGCUAUCGUUACACGAAGGGUCGACAACUGCGCCAAACAUGCUUACGGAAGCGGAUUUAAUCGCACUGAUGGAGAAGCACGGCAUUGGAACCGAUGCGACUCACGCAGAACACAUCAACACCAUUAAGCAGCGGGGGUACAUUGGUGAGGCUGAUAACAGAUACUUGGUUCCAGGAACGCUAGGGAUGGGAUUGGUAGAGGGGUACGAAGCCAUGGAGCUUACGCUGGCUCAACCCGAACUUCGAGCUGGACUCGAGGCCGACCUGAAGCUGAUUUGCGAAGGAAGAAGGGAUCCAAAGGAAGUUCUAGCAGAGCAAAUCCAAAAAUACAAAGAAGCCUAUCGAGUGAUAACUCAGAAAGCGCGUGCUCUUGAUCAAGCCAUGGCACAGAGAUUGAAUGAAACGCCCAUUGAUGCUCCAAUAAAUCCGACCAACGCGGCAAACAGUAAUCUCAUACAGGAAAUAUGCAAGUGUCCAAAAUGUACCCAGAUGAUGGCCCUCAGGAUGAAAAAAGAUGGAAACGGCUACUAUCUGGGAUGCCUAGGAUUUCCCGACUGCAGAAACAGUGUGUGGUUCGACGACAAUAUCAAGGAGGCUUCCGCAACUGAUGAGAUAUGCUCAAGAUGUGGGGGAACUAACAAAAAAAUGAAAGUCAAAUUCAAACAAAUUCGAUUCUACGGAAUGUUGAACCAUAUGAGUGCCGAUUCUUACAAAACAUGCAUCGUUUGUGAUGACAAGUUUCGCGAAAUCCUUGGAAUUGACGAAGCUCUCGUGAAACAAUUCAGGUCCAGUGGCAUUCGGGCGGACGUUACUAUUCCACCAAGAGGUAAUGCUCCAACUGGAAAUGCCGUUCGUCAAACAAAUCCGUCAAACCGUCCUCCGAGUAAUCCGUCGAGUGGUCGUGGCUCUGCCGGCAGUGGAACCAGCAGUAACAGUCGCAGCGGAUGGGGCUCAAACAAUGGCAACGAUGACGAUUUUCGGGGUGGUGGUGGAGGGGCAAUUUCCAUCGGCGGUAGUUCCAACAGCUCAAGCAGCGGUUGGGGUACGGGCAGUGGUUGGAACUCAUCCAAUACCUCGCAAACUAGACCUAACGUCCCACGAUCCAACCAGUUCAAUAAUGAUUCCUCGUGGAAUAGGAAUCGAAAUCAACCUCCAACUCAUUCUUUUGGAGCAAACGACGAGGAAGUGCGUUGUGGAUGCAAUCUUCCUGCAAAGCAGCUUACAGUCAAGAAGGAUGGUGCCAACAAAGGCCGACCAUUUUUUCUUUGUCCGAAGGAACAAGGAAAGCAAUGUGGCUUCUUCCAGUGGGCCGAUCAGGACACCACGCCACAGGCAGGCUCAUCGGGUGGGUCCACUUGGGGCCAAAGUAAACCUCCACCUCCUCAGAGAAACAAUUUCGGCGGAGGCGGGGGAGGUUGGGGUGAAUCGUCUUCUGAGUGGGGUCGCACGAACAACAAUAGUAGGCCCAAAGCGCCCGGCGCGAAGGGAGGUGACCGACAAAAAGCGACGAGAAAAUGCGGGUUUUGCAGACAGGAAGGCCAUACAAAGGCUAAAUGUCCACAGCGGAGUAAUAUGGAUUUUUAACGUUUUAUGUUGAGCGUUAUUUGUUGAGCAUUGUAUGUGGUAAGAACGUAUUGUGUAUAUUAAUAUGUUUCUAAUAAAAUGGGCUGCAUCUACACUGUGGCUUUUUUCUUUAUUUUA